UUGAAACGGGGGAAAAGUGGAUGAUGGGAGACGUUUUGAUCAGUUUCGUAAUUUAUUCUAAAUACGUUGAUAAUGUUUUCGUUAUAAAAUAAUCAGUAGCGAGUGUUAAAGACGAUUUUACAUUAUCUAGUGUAAUAUCAGUGAGAUUUAUUCAGUCCGUUGUUAGCGUUACUCGUAGAUGGUAAUACAAAAUUUUCUUGUACACAAUGGAGAAUCAAAAUAAUGAUUAUUCUUCCGUUGUUGAUACAAUUGCUAGUAUGUUUGGGGAUGUGAUAACUAAAGAAGUAAUAUGCACAAUUGUGGAGAGCUUCGAAGGCGAUUUGAACCUAUCAGUGGACGCUGUCAUGAAUAUUACAAGUGACACUAAGAAUGUAAGUCAAAGUGAAGAGGAAGUAACAAGUUCCAGUCAAUUACAAGUUGUACAGAUUCCAACUACAAGUCAAGAUGAAAGUCCCGGUGACUCUAGUCUGGUGGUACCUUCAACAUCUUAUGCUUCUGCCUCAAACAAAGGGGCUAUACCAAAGCAAACCUCAAAGCCAAAGACCGUCAAUAACAAAGCAGCCUUCUGGACAGAACAAAUCCGUCAAAUAAUUGCAUACCAUAACCAAGGUGCCAGAGUCCUGAUCAUUUUGAGAGGAGCACCUGGUUCGGGAAAAACAUUUCUCGCCAAACAGAUUAUAGAAAUGACCAUUGGUUCCACUUAUCAUGCUUACAAAAAACAUACAUUCAGUACUGAUGACUUUUUUGUGACAAGGGGUCAAUAUCAAUAUGAUAAAUCUAGACUGAGUGAUGCUCAUACAUGGAAUCAGAAUAGAGUUAGAGUGGAGCUAUGUAAAGGACUAAGUCCGGUCAUUGUGGAUAAUACUAAUAUUGAACUAUGGGAGAUGGAACCAUAUGUAAGGCAGGGUGUCCAAAAUGGUUAUUAUAUUGAAGUAGUAGAACCCAAUACUUAUUGGGCGAAAAAAGCAAAUCAGUUAUGUAAGCGUAAUGUGCACAAUGUUCCAUUUGCAACUAUCAAAAGAAUGUUGGAGAAUUAUCAGGAUAAUAUAUCAGGACUAUACUUAAUACAAGCAUAUGGUCUCUUAUAUCCUGAAAACAUGGUUCCACCGGUAUUGAGGAAUGAUCCUCCUCUGAAGGAUAAUGAAAAUGUUGAAGCUGAGGCUGAUAAACCAGAAGAAAAAACUAAGAUAAAAACUCAAAGUGAUCUUACUGAAUUUCAAGAAGAGUUUUCUUCUGUGUUAAAGAUUCAGGAAACUAGUGCUACUGAAGGAUUGACCGAAGCUAUUCCACAAGGUGAAUGUUUAAAUAUUAAUGAACUAGAGCAAAAUUGCAUUGCAACCGAGGAAGCACCAGAACAGCUCCAAACAAACAUACAGGACAGUAGUCCUGAGGAAUUAUCUCAGCAUGAGAUUAUAAAACACCAACUUAUUAAGGAGGCUCAGAAACAUCUAGAAGAAAUGCACCAGUUGUAA